GACUGUCUGCCCCCGCCCAUAGUCUCCAGUUAGCGGGGACAGUAGCAGCAUUCUGGUCUUUGUACCACUGUAGCGAGCUGAGCUGAGGUUUAUGGUUAACCCCUGAAGAUGUUUGCAAAGGCAACCAGCAGUUUUGUAAAACAGAUUGAAAGCGGUGGUGACCUGAUCCCUGUUAGCAGCCUGAAUGAUUCUGAUAAACUGCAGCUUCUAAGCCUGGUAACAAAGAGGAAGAAGGGGUGGUUCUGGCAGAAACCAAAAUAUUAUCCUUCUUCAUUUAGCCUUCAAGACAUAUUGACUGGUGAUACUCCCAUCAAAGCUGCUGUCACUGAAUCUGACUUUCUCAAGUAUGAAGGAAAAUUUGGAGACAUAGUGGAGGCGGGUACGGGAGCUGAGAUUGCUAAUUUAAGCUUCAGCCUGGAAGGUCAGGACUCGGUGGCACUAGAAUCUUCCUUUGGAAACCUGAAGAAACAAGAAUUUGAUUUGCAUCAGCUUUUGAAAAUAGCUGAGAAAAGGGUUCUAGAUUUGGAUCACUCAUUUGUCCAGCAAACUUGUGAACAAAGAAAUGAAAUUUUGUGUGUAGUAAAUGAAAAGAUUAUCACAUCCCAAAAGUGCUCCAUUUCUGAACAUUUGCAGAUUGAAGAAAAGUGUGGUGGCACACUGGGACUUAAAACAAAAAUAUUGAAGGUUGCAGCUACUGAUGAUGGUACUAUCACCGAGGAUACUGAGGUUGUGUUGGAGAUCCCACCUCGCACUGUUAUUGCAUACAGUGUCACAGAACUUUUUAUAAACCAGAAUGGGCAGUUUGAGCUAUGCCUGCUUUCAGACAAAUGUGGAGGCUUUGAUAAAGUCCUACUUGGCAAAAAUAAAGAAGCGUUUCACAGCACAGUGUGCUCCUCCUUGACCUGUGUUGAUGGAGCAAAUAAAAGCCAGGAGUGUGUGGUCAUGAUGGAUGUCCCUAGUGAAACUUCACUAAGUGUUUUAAAACCAGCUAUUGAAGAGGCUAAGCACCAGUUCCAGCCAUUCAGUGAACUUUCAGAGGAAAAGUGUCAACAACUAUUUAAAUUUUACUGUGAGUUCUUGUACCAUGAAGAUGUGAUUUCCCUUCUUGAAAAUAUUCUGGAUAAACUUUCUUCAGCGGAGCAGCCAAAUCUAAUGGGAUUACAAGAGCUGGAGUCAACACAGGCACAAAAAGUUAAAGUUCUGCUGCACAUUUUAGGCUACGACUGCGCAGGUGAUGAUGGCUCUUCAAAGAACAAAGAUGCUACAAGACCUGAGCUUUUUACAGCUGCAUUCUGCCUUUUUAGUGCUUUAGAUGGCAUGUCUGAAGAAAGUCUUGCAGUUUUGGGUAUUUGCUGUGAAAUUCAAAUUCUCCCAAUAUUGCUUUAUUUGAUUAAUCACACCCCUGAUGACGGAAUGUUUCCUGUUGAUAAUCCAGACCUCCUGCUCUUAAAUGAAGAGGAUAACUUUUACAUAGCUGAACGUCUAUUUGCUUUAUCAAAUGUUUGCCUUGAAAAGAAAGAAUCAGCCAUCAAACUUGUGACUGGUAAACAGCCUGGAAUGCUUCCGGUGUGUCUCUGCAUAGUUCUGCAGGGAUUUGCUACCCUAAGUGGGAUCAAAAGAGGAGCAUAAAUAAUCCAAAUCUGCAGGCUUGAAUGUGGUUUAAAAGAAAUUUGAGCCUAAUUUAUUGUUUUAAUAAUUCAGUAACAUUUAAUACAGUUGAUGCAUUGUAAAAAUGACUGAUUAAUAUUUCAUGAAGGAACUAGGUGGAAAGAUCACAAAAGAGUUGUGAAUUCUAGCCAGUGUCAAAAUGAGAUAUGCCGUGUCCCAUUAGUUUAUAUAAUAUAUCCUAUCCUGUAAAAAAAAAAUUACAGAAGAGAAAUGUGUGAACUAUAUGGUAUCAGGAAUUGUAGAUUAGCUCUGUAGAAUUGUCUUCUUGGAGAGAUUGAAACUUGUCUGUUGGCGAGAGACACUAUUACUAGCUCCUACCAGAAAAGUUUGCCUAAUUUUGCAUUCAAGUGCACUCAAAAACACGGUGAUCAUUUGACAUCAAAAGAUAUAACUUAGAAUGAGUUUUUCAUCAGUCAGCAGCACUCCUUGCCAUCUUUUGACAACAAAUGUGAUCAUUGGGCAUCAAAAAUGAUCAGCAACUCAAUGCAUUGUAGAACACAAGGAAAUCAAUUACUUAAGUAUCUGAAUUUAUUAAAUUUUUCAUUUUGUCAAAAAAA